AUGAUGAGGCAGUACAAGGUGAAACAGAGGUAUUUGAACAGACUGCUUGAGUCAUUCCAAGACACCACCGUCAGCCCUGAAGCACUGCGACAGCAGGAGGAAGAGGUGCGCGCAGCGUUGGAGGCGGCUGUUCCUCCCGUGUCUCCAGAUCCACACACAAUGCCGCUGUCACGGAGCUCUUCCUUUUACUCUCUACCAGAGUAUGUCAUUGAUGAUGAAGGAAUAUUGAGACCAAGCCCAAUUAUUGGCAGGCAUACAUCGAACAGCGCUCGAAAGGGGACUGAAAAUCGAAAUUCGCCUGGUGUGUCAGGAUGGAGUGCUAAUGACAUCAGUGAAAGCCAACCAAUCUCUGGCGAGAAUCACCUUGUGGAGAUGGAACCUAGAGGUCUAGACGGCGAAAGGCGAACCACACAGAGUAAGCCGACCGCGACCGGAUCCACACAGGAAAACGAAAAGAAGGUAACAAUGAGCCAACCGCUGGAGAACAAGAAAUCUGGCCCCGAGAGCAAACCGCCAGACAAGGAGAACAAGAGCAAUGAGGCUGGCACCGAUAGCAAACCGCCAGACAAGGAGAAGAAGAGCGAUGAUCCUGGAAAGAGUGGCAUACAAUAG